CACAUAUAUAUAUUUUUAGCAUCCCAAGCUUUUUGCAGCUUGUUGGCAGGAGAAAAAUCUCGUUAACAUUCAGUUGUCCGUUAAUACAUUUUGCAUGACACAGCAAUAAGGAGAAGGUUCUAGUUUUAGCGCUGAACACUUCCCAAUCAUCGUCGUCGCAUAUAUCGGAUGCUGGAGAGAGUGACACUGUCUCAUUAAUUUGCGUGUGUAGCUGUGGGCGCUAUCUCCACAUGUCAAUGCCAUUCUUCACUAUCCGUCGCGAUAGAGUGCAAUCGUGAAAAUACACAUCGUAUAAAGCCGUCGGAUUCAUCAGCCAGCGGCUCAAGCAUCUUCCCUUCCGGUCCGUAACAUCCCUGUGUACUCCGAACAAUUCCGGCCGCGUCUCUCUUCGAUCCAAUCGCAAUUGACAUUGUAUAGCGCGACAAUGCACGGUAGCACCAUGUGUUGAGUUUUUUCCCCUUGGUAUCGGCCAGUAUUGAUCUUGCGUUUUAUCACAUUCAUACGUCCAAGCAUUAAUCCGUUGCGGAACGCCUUAUAAAAUUUGGGAGUGUAUAUGUUUUCCAUAAUAUUUUUGUCCGGAUGACGAGUGUUUUAUAAUAAUUGUCACGCUCUCAAAUGCCGGUUUAAUAUCUCAUUUGAUUUUGAAUAACCAACCGGUUAACAAACCGCGUUUUGUUUGAGAGUUAAUUUCGAAAUUAAUCGUAUCCGCCUGCGCACAGCGCUUACGUGCAUCCCGGUGUGUGGAAGCUGCUGUGCACACCUGCAAAAUGGGCAAAAACGCUCGCACUGAUCCUGGAGCAUCGUCACCAUAUAGUUUUCUGAGACGAGGUUUUCCCUGUUUGUUUCCCAAGACGGACGAAAUGGCCUCCAAUCCUCGAUCGGUCUUGUUUGUGUGCUUAGGAAACAUUUGCCGGUCCCCUAUUGCCGAAGCGGUGUUUCGACAGGUUGCCAAAGAGCGAGGAAUAUUGGACGAUUGGGUAAUCGACAGUGCCGCUACGGCUGAUUACCACGUUGGUGAGCCGCCGGAUAACAGAGCGGAAGCUUGUUUGAGACGGCAUGGCCUAUCGUCCACUCAUAUUGUCAGACAGCUCACCCCCGAAGAUUUCCAAAAUUUUGCCUACAUAAUGGGAAUGGACCAUACGAAUCUCAAAAAUAUCAAGCGGUACGCUCCCAAAAAUCUCCUUUCUCGAUUGGACCUGCUGGGGCAAUAUGAUCCACAACAUGAACUGAUUAUUGAGGAUCCAUAUUACGGUGGGGAUGCCGAAUUUGACAUUGUUUACGAGCAAUGUCUUCGGAGUUGUCGGGGUUUCCUUGAUAAUGUCGAGAAGGAGCUUCAGAAAAGCACGAGCAAACGGCACUGAAUUCCUGUGAUUGUAGUUUAGAAGUGGAAAAUCAGAAUAGCAGCAAUAAUUAUCUAUAUCCUUUUGUAGCUGUGUGUCAUGAUAAGGUCAUAAUUGUCUGUCUGCCCCAGAAAAAAUUGUCUUUUGAUCUUAUUCAUUGCGGGCGUGGCUUUUUAUAACUGCACCAAACUGAAACAAUAAGAACGAAACAGACAAUGUUGGAAGCCGUUUCGAUCUGCACGAUUUCGGUUUUCUUACAGUGCAGUACGAGUUUUGUUUAUUUCUCGAUUGUUUAGGGUGAUCUUUAUUGUCAUAUAUUAUGAUAUACAAAACCGUCCCUCGUAUUAGUAACUCG